AUGGUGGUCGGAGUCAGCUCGUUUGAGCCGCGGAGCGUCGAGAGCCGUCUGCCGCAGCACAGGACCAAUGGCAAAUCUCUGCUCGGCACGCUCCUGGCGCCUAUGCUGCCCCUCUUCCUCAAGGACAACCCGUUGCCCAACGGCAAGCCGUGGAGCGUCAUGAACCUCGACACCAACUACUACAGAGACUUCCCCCACACGGGCGUCAUCCGCAGCUACGACUUCACCAUCAGCCACGGCGUCAUCGCCCCGGACGGCUUCCAGCGCGACGCCCUCCUGGUCAACGGGGCCUUCCCCGGCCCCCUGAUCGAGGCCAACUGGGGAGACACGAUCCAGGUGACGGUGCAUAACAACAUCACCGACAUGCGCGAGGGCGUGGCGCUCCACUGGCACGGCUUCCUCCAGCACGGGAAGCCGUGGGAGGACGGCGUGCCGGCCGUGACGCAGUGCCCGAUCCCGCCGGGCAAGUCGUUUACCUACUCGUUCGAGGCGGAGCUGUACGGCACCUCGUGGUACCACUCGCACUACUCGUCGCAGUUCUCGGGCGGGCUCCUCGGGCCCAUGGUCAUCUACGGCCCACGCGAGCGGCCCUACGACAUCGACGUCGGGCCCGUCAUGCUCUCGGACUGGUACCACCGCAGCUACUACGACCUGGUCAAGGAGACGAUGAAGCCCAACGGGCAGCCCUUCACCUCCAACAACACACUCAUUAACGGCAAGAACAACUUCAACUGCUCGCUGCUGGCGCCCGGCGACAAGACGCCGUGCGUGAGCAACGCGGGCAUCUCCAAGUUCCGCUUCCGGCGCGGCAAGACGCACCGCCUGCGGCUGGUCAACACGGGCGCCGAGGCGCUGCAGCGCUUCUCCAUCGACGGGCACACCAUGACGGUGAUUGCAAACGACUUUGUGACGGUAGAGCCCUACGAGACGUCGGUGGUGACGCUGGGCAUUGGCCAGCGCACCGACGUGCUGGUCAAGGCUAACGGCACCCUCGACGCCUACUGGAUGCGCACAAACGUCUCGGAGCCGUGCAGCCUGUCGGCGCAGCCGCACGGCCUGGCCGCCAUCUACUACGACGACGCCGACGAGACCCAGGCGCCGUGCUCGGAGCCGUGGAACGUGCCGGACCCGGGCACCUGCGCAAACGACGACCUGCGCCUGACGCGCCCGGCCAUGAAGCUGCGGCUGCCCAAGCCGGACAAGACGUACGAGUUCGAGGUCAACCUGAUCAAGAACGGGAGCGGCGUCAACCUGUGGUCCUUUGGCGGCGUCGAGUUCAGGGGCAACUAUAACAGCCCGACGCUGCUGCUGUCCAACCUCGGCAACUUCUCCUUUGAGCGCGAGUGGAACGUCAAGAACACCAAGAAUGCGCGCAGCGUCCGCGUCUAUGUCAAGAACAACACGCCAGUGGCGCACCCGAUGCAUCUUCACGGCUUCAACAUGUACGUCUUGCACGAGGGAGACGGCGAGUGGGACGGCACUAUUGUCAACCCGGACAACCCGCAGCGGCGGGACGUGGUGCAGCUGCGCAAGAACGGACACCUGGUGAUGCAAUUUGACGCGGGAGAGAAUCCAGGCGUCUGGCCCUUCCACUGCCACAUCGCCUGGCACUCGUCCGCCGGCUUCCUGAUGCAGUUCGUCACGGGCGAGGACCGCGUCCGGCGCAUGCGCCCCCCCAACGUCGUUGCCGAGACGUGCCGCCAGUGGGCCAAGUGGACAAACACAAACAUCCCCGACCAGAUUGACAGCGGCCUGUAA